AAGCCGUAAAACACUAUCUUUUAUUUUGUUAGCUGGGUGUUAUUCGUCUUCGCAGGCUAGGGUUUAAUUGGGAUUUGUAUUCUAUUGUACGUCUAUGGAGAACCGUUCAGUACGGACCAGAACACCUUCACCUUUCAACGAAUUAAAAAUUCUAAUUAUUUUAUGGGUUAUUUCCCUCUAAACAGACUACUUACCAGGAUGUUUAUCUUCCGGGAUUUUCUUUCAAUUGUUGUCAUUUCUGCGACGCUUCAUUAUUACGCACACUAUCAAACACACGAACUUAUUGUAUAUGUAUAUUAUUAUAGAUAUACAUAUGCACAUGAUUGGCAAACGUUUCGAAAAGAAAGAUUGUUUUUAAUUUUUAAACAUAUCUUGUGCAUGUGUAUAAGUUCAGUUUAAUUCAUGCCUGUCAAAUCCUGAAAAUAUAUGUUAUUUAUAAUCUUUUCAUAAAACACGCACUUCAAAUAAAUUACGCAAGUUCGAUACUUUCAAAAGGAGUCUACGAUAGAGAAAUCAAUGUAAACCUUCCGUGUUGUUUUUUUUUUUUAUUAAGGCCAAGAUUUUUUUCUUCCUGGUUAAAAACCAGUUCCUUUUAAAUAUGCCAUUGCUUGCUCAAUAUUCACUCCAUGUGGCUGCUCCUGAUUUUAGCUUGUGUGCUUGGUUGCGCUGGAUACCAAUUCCAGCUGAAAGGGAAUGAGACUGGGCGAUUUGUCUAUACAGGCAACAAUGGAGGGCAUCGAUACUGUACAACAUGCGAAACGGGACAAAAUGACGAUAUAAACAUGAAAACUCAACAAUCUGAAUGCAUUGAUCAAAACUUCCAAGUCCCGAUGCCCGACGGCAGCAAGGAACCAAUAUGUAAGGAGGGCAUUAGUGGUGCCAUUAUACCAGGUUGUGGUCCUUUGCCAACAUCAGACGGACUUUCUUGGAGGACAAAGUCCGGUAGACCCAUACAAGUCAAAAGCACUGUGUAUGAGGUGUAUUAUCCUAAAUGUAGCCAGGAUAGCGUCCUUAACAGGGACCUACACAGCGCUCGAUGUGAUGAAGACCUGAGAUGGAACGCCAGCAUACAGGGACUGCGAUGUCUUUAUGGUUGUGGACCUUUCCCAAAUGGUUCGAAGUGGAGGCUGCAGAAUGGAAGCGAGGCUGGAAAUGAAAGUUUGGUGGGGGAGACUUAUUUCAGUGAAUGCUCGCCUGGUCACAAACGAAGUAUAGUUAUGUACUGUGGACCAGAUUCGAAAUGGCAUACUUAUUAUUCUACACCAUGUGAGACUGACAAAUGUGAACAGUGGUAUUGUAGUGUAGAAAUCAUUAUUGGGUGUUCGCUAGGAGCAUUUCUUGGAAUACUCAUAUUAAUCGGGUGUAUUUACAUGCGCUGUCAUUUCAAUGGGCAUUCCUCACCACCAGAACCCCCAAUACUGACUAAAGAGUACGAAGAAAUUCCAAUGAUAGUCCAUGUACCGGAGGGGGCAUCAAGUACUACUAUAUUGUCAUCUAGCUCUGAAGAAAACACUGACACAGAAGAAACAUCUUCUGGAAGUUUGACGCCGAUAGAACACGUAUGGGAUCAAUAUGAAGAUAUGUCCUUGACACAUACCACGUCUUUAGGCAAUUUAUCCUUAAAUCCAUCGAAUGAAAAUAUUAAAGUUUUUCAGGCAUUACGCUCAGGGACUAAUAAAGAAGGGAUUUUGCAGUUUACCGUACAGAAAGGUGAAACGGUUUUUAUUGCCACCAAAGAGAAAUUGAAUGACUCGGAUUGUCUCCAAAUAAGGCGACAGGAUCUCGAGUCGUAUCGAGGCGUGGAAAUGCACCCCUUUCUGCACUGCAUUUCCUGUGUGGAGAUUGGGGACUCCGGGGUAUAUUAUUGGAAAACGUCAAAGGAACGUUACUGUAAAUUCAAUCUUAAAGUUGUCGACCGCGGGCAACCGGAUGGCGUGGAGUCGUCUGAAUUGAACCUUUUGGCGAGUGCAAGCUCUAAUGGAGAUGUGCAUGAAGACCACACUGAAUAUCAUUCUUCUGUAAGUAAUCCUUGUAUGGCCGGGUUAUGUCCAUCUUUGAGCGAAGCCUCUUUGUUGACCGAGGAUAACAAAGAUGAACCAGUCUGCGGGUUACAGAUAGACACCAUAUAUCAAGAUCCAAUCUGGGAUACCUUCCUGAAGUGUUUGUGUUACUGUCUCAGUAGUUCAGCUUCCGGUCGAGAAUGUGCAUGUUGGAGGGAAAUAGCCAAAAUGUACCUAAAACGGACGGAUGCCUAUCUCUCUAGUAUUGAAUGGUACGAAGAGGGUGAUCCUGUUAACGGCCCAGCCUACCUUAUCCUAAACGACGUCCGGAGAGCGUACCGAAUCAUUACCAUAGGCCAACUCGCAGCGAAUCUACAACCGCCAAACUUAGACCUAAUGAACUGCAUCAACAGUUUUCACCACAACUGCACCUUUUGCACUCGUCUUUAUUACCGAAUGCAUCAAACAAGACCAAAAGAUGUCCACGGAUAGUAAAAGGGGUCAUUUUAUCCCUUUGCUGUUUUUAAGGGACGUUGAAUGACAAUUUCUGAGUUGUCUCCAAGCACCCCGGUCGGGCUCUCCGAGGUACACGAAUAGGGUCCACGCAUAAGGAAGGAGUCGGCCUUAUUUCUCUGUCCUGAGACAGAAAGAGCGGUGAUUUAUUUCACAUAAUUGACUAUUUUUUAAAUAUUUUGACAUUCACAGGGAAGUUUUCCAGGUUUUCAACUACAGUCAGUUGAUAUCUCUCCGAUCUUUGGAACUUCCGAUAGGAAAGCAGAAUACCAUCCAAUCAGAAAGCAUGACUCAAAUGUUUUGAACACUGAUUUGCAUAAUAUUUAACUUUUGUGCUGUUGUUAGUACGCUUGCCAGCUUAUGAAUAAGAAUCUACAUAUCAGUAAUACGCUGUAAAUGUGAAGUGUAACGUUUAUUGACAUUAAUGUUAAAUGUGAGUUAAUGCUUUAGACUUAAAUAAAAUCCAGCAGAUGUG